GUGUCUAAUAUUGCUCAAGGACUCAACUAACGCAACAUAAGCAAGAGGUGGGCGGCAAGGUGGACUGCAGAUCAGACAUCGAGCGAAUGGAGUUUGGUGGGAGGAGUCUAAAACAAGGUGCCGCUCCUUCAGCAUCAUUCAGCAUCUUUCCCAAGGAACAUCUUACGGAGCUUCUUGUUUUUAAUGAAUGGAAUUCAAGAAUGCUGUCUGAAACAGGACAAAGUUAACGUUUACCACUUACUGCACUUCCCGAUGUGAAAACAUACGGAUUAUGAACCUGUAUACACCAUUUGCUAUACACUUUUGGACUCGACGGGAGUAUGCCAUUUUGAGGGACACUAGUGGAAUUUCGUCUCGCUUGACAGAACUCUGUCUGUAGUUUCUGAGGAUGCCGGUUUUGCAACGGGAACCAUCAAAAAACGCAGGAGAUCCCAGUGGCCUGCCAAAGCUCCCGGUUGCCCCGCUGCAGCAAACUCUGGACAUGUAUCUGAAGUGUAUGAGUCACCUCAUACCAGAGGAGCAGUUAAGAAACACCAAAACUAUUGUGAAGAAAUUUGGAGCACCUGGCGGGGUGGGGGAAAUGCUUCAGAGGAAACUAUUGGAUAGAAGGGAUCUUAAAGCCAAUUGGGUAUAUGACUACUGGCUUGAAGAUAUGUAUUUGAAUAACAGGUUAGCACUACCUGUCAACUCCAGUCCUGUAAUGGUCUUUCCCAAGCAGAAAUUUAGGUGCCAAAGUGAUGUCCUCAGAUAUGCCGCUAAUCUCAUCUCUGGUGUAUUAGAGUAUAAAUCUCUCAUUGAGACACAUAGCCUCCCUGUGGAAGAGGGUCGUGGGCAGCAGGCUGGGACGCCCCUUUGUAUGGAUCAAUACUACAAGGUCUUCACCUCUUACCGUCUGCCUGGGCCAAAGACUGACACUCUAGUGGCUCAGAGGAGUACUGUAAUGCCCGAGCCAGAACAUAUCAUUGUGGCUUGUAAGAAUCAGUUAUUUGUUCUUGACGUGGUGAUAAACUUCCGCCGGUUGAAUGAAAAAGACCUUUACACUCAGCUGAAGCGAAUCAGAGAGAUGGCAGACUGCGAGGAGGAGCGUCUGCCUCCCAUUGGUCUGCUCACAUCAGACGGCCGAACGCAGUGGGCCGAGGCUCGCAGCAUACUGAUCAAAGAUUCUACUAACAGGGACUCUCUAGACAUGAUUGAGCGCUGUCUGUGUCUGGUGUGUUUGGAUGACUCGUCUGGCGUUGAACUGACUGACACCAACCGUGCUUCGCUGAUGCUCCACGGAGGAGGAAAGGAUAAGAACGGGGGAAACCGCUGGUACGACAAACCCAUGCAGUUUGUAAUAGGUGCAGAUGGAUGCUGUGGGGUUGUCUGCGAACACUCCCCAUUCGAGGGAAUAGUGCUCGUGCAAUGUACAGAAUAUCUACUAACAUACAUGAGAGGCAGUCCUUCUAAGCUGGUGAGAGCAGCCAGCAUGAGUGACCUUUCAGCCCCUAGACGACUGCGCUGGAAAUGCUCGCCAGAAAUCCUAACCUUCCUCACAGCCUCGACAGGCAGAUUAUAAAAACUUGUUCAAAACUUGGACAUGAAUGUCAACAAAUUCACCGGCUAUGGAAAAGAGUUCAUCAAGAGACAGAAGAUGAGCCCUGAUGCGUACAUUCAAGUUGCCCUGCAGUUAACAUUCUACAGAUGUCAUAGAUGUCUAGUUCCCACCUAUGAGAGUGCAUCAAUACGGCGCUUUCAAGAGGGACGAGUCGACAACAUCCGCUCUGCCACACCUGAGGCCUUAGCGUUUGUUAAAGCUAUGACUGUCAGCUCCAACAUCACUGAUGCUGAGAAAAUGGAGAAGUUUCGGACUGCUGUUACGGCCCAGACCAAUUACACAAUAUUGGCAGUCACAGGUAUGGCAAUAGACAAUCACUUGCUGGGACUACGAGAGGUUUCCAAGGAGCUGAAAGUGGAGAUGCCAGAGUUGUUUACUGAUCCGACCUAUCUCACCAGCAUCCAGUUCAUCCUUUCCACAAGCCAGGUCCCAACCACUGAGGAGAUGUUCUGCUGCUAUGGUCCAGUUGUCCCUAAUGGCUACGGAGCCUGCUACAACCCUCAGACAGACCACAUCAUUUUCUGUGUGUCAAGCUUCCGUGACUGUGCAGAGACCAGCUCAGAUUUGUUUGUGAAGACUCUUGAGGGGUGCCUGAAAGAAAUGCAAGAUCUAUGCAGAAAAUGCAACAUUCAAGCAGACUCCGCAGAAAGGAUGGGAGGAACUCCCAAGAAGACCGCAAAGAAAUCAUAGCAAGAAACAAGAACCUCACUGGCUCAUCCUACAUCGCUUGAACCAUAUGGACGAUGCUGGAACCAUUUUGACAGUUGUAAAGUCGUUAGAAUGGGAUUUUAGGAGUCAAACAAUCUAUGGGUUUGAUAUAGAAUCAUACAGUACGUAUGCAUAUUUUUGGUUAUAAGGGUACAUGGUUGAGAAGUGUAAGUGGAAAUUGAAAUUAAAUUAUUUUACUGCCAGUGUAUAGAACAACAUUGUGCAAUUGGAGGAGAACAAAUAUAGAUGCUAGAGAAACAAUAAGUUUAAAUGGCAACAGUAACAUUGAUAUAGUAUAUACUGUUAAUAUAAAUAAGAUCAUAUAUUAUAGCUAAUAAGUUCAAAGACUCCAGUAGUCAAAUAGAGCAGAACGAUUAGUACAAGUUUAUUCAUAUUGCACAUUUCAUGCUUAGUGGUAAUUUAAUGUACUUUAUGCAUUUUAAAGCUCAAGAAAUAGACAUAAGAAAAUAGGCCAUAAAUUAAAGGCUAAAGAAUAUAAAAGUAAUACAAUAAGAAUAGAAAAGGAAAUUUUAUUUAUUUAUUUUUAAAUAAUUGAAAUAAAUUAUAUAAAAAAUGGGGUGACUUGCUCAGGGUUUUCUUCAGUUCUAAUGAUAAGAAUAAGCUGCAACGGAACUGGAGCAGAAGCUUCUGUUUAACUUUGUUCUUGUGAGUCUCAAAAUUAUAUCCCAGAGUUUACUUUAAUAUAAUAAUGUAUAUAUUUAGGAAAAAUAUUGCAAAAUACAUGUAUUUUGAGCCUGUAGUAUACAAACAAUACCAGAAAGCUACUAUAGUUUAUAUUGUAUCGUAUUAUAAUUUUAAAGUGUGCUGUGAUGUGUGUUCUAUCCAUUUAAUUCUCAAACUGUCAAAAAACAGGGGUUGAGCGCUUGAAAAUAAUCUAGUGAAAGAAAUGGGACUUAAUAUUUUAAGAAUAUGGCCCAUAGUGAAUCAGUAAUGCAUGAACAUUGUGUGUAGUUACAUUUUGUGGAAUUGUUUUAAUUUCUAAUGCAAUAAUACUAACAGGGAUUGUGAUUUGCAAUGCAAUAGCUGUAGGGCAAGAUAAAUCAAUUCAUUUAAGAUGAGGUUACAAAACUGAUAAGCAUUUAAAAGAUACAAUCAGCAUUGUGAUAAAAUGAUUGAAUAUUCUGAAAUGCCCUGCACAGUGUAUGUAAACAUUAAUGUGUUCAAAUUUAAAUGUGCUUAAAUUUAAGAAACUAUACCUGAUGCCUAAUGUGCUGUAUAUAGGUAAAAAAAGAACACUAUUUUUAAAUGCAUUUAAUUUCUAGAUUCUGUAGGUUGACAGUUGUGGUAGUUGAUAAGGAAAUAUAAAAAGUAUAUUAUUUUAAACAUAUAAGCCAAUGUAUUUUAGCACUUUACAACUAGCUAAUUCAAAUAUAUAUUGUAUUAAAAAAAUCUUAAAGCAGUCAAUUGUGCUACAUACACUUGACUGUACCGAGAAAAUUCGAUAAAUAUGUAGAGAAAUUAUAGCCUUAGUGCAAGUAUUAGUAAAGGGAUAUGUCCUUUGUGCACAGUGUUCUCAAGAUGUGAAAUCUGAAACUGAAUGUUUUCUGUCAAACGGGUGGAGGAGUGUUUAAAACUGUGACAUUCUUUGAUGUAUUUUUUUUUUUAAGUUUUGGUUUGCAAAAAAUAAAUGUCUAUUUAUUAUUAUUGUUGUUUUUGUAAUAAUGUCAUAAAAACUACUAAACAAAAGUGCACUGAGUAUUUCAUAUCUUUUAUAGCUGUAGCCUAGGUGUACAGCGGCACAGGUAGACCCAUUGCUUACAUACUAUGCUAUAAAAUAUAUUAUUUUAUUUAUACUGUAUUUUAUUUUGCAUUAAUUACAUUUACUUUUUUUGUCAUGCUCAUGAUAAUGCAAAAGUGGGUUUACUAGGCAACUUUCAGCAUGGCACAUAAGCUUCCAGUAAAUUUUGUUUUAAUUGGGAAAAUAAUCAAU